UGCAAAUAGUUUGAGAUAGUAUUUUGCUGAAUUCAGAGUAAAUUUUGACAGUAUUGCGCGUGAUUGUUUCAUGUAACGUUUGGAAAAUAUCCUUUGUAUUAGCUAUUUUGCAAAUUAUAUAAUAAUAGGAAAUGGCAACAGGUCUUUGUAUCGGCAAUGUUCCAGCUAAAAAACAAUGCCCUUACAUGGAAAAAUGUUAUCGCAAAAACCCAAUUCAUUUCAACGAAAUGUCACACCCGCACUUGGAAAAAAUUGUAAUGAAUCAACUAGAAGGCGAAAUACAGAUACCCGAAAUACUUGAUUUUGAGUGUUCCGAUCGAUCUCUCUUAGUAGACCAACUGAAGAUCUUGCAGAUGGUUUUGAGAAAAGAGCAAAAUAAAAAUGGAAAUACUUCUUCAGCCAAAGAAUUACAAUCCAAAGUAAGUAGUACAAGUUCAAAAACUACAAACGAAGGUAGUACUUGCAGUGAAAAUUUAAUGGACAAAGUAGAAAGACAUAAACAAACAAUGAUUCAAAGGAGGGACAAUAAAUUAAAAAGUAUGGACGAAGAAGCAGGGGCACUUUUUAAAUCUUCCAAUGAAAAAAGUAACGUAGAUCAGAAUAAAGUUUCUAAAAUGGAGGAGGAAUUAGAUAAUCUUAAAAUAGUCGAAGAAAGCAUAGAAAGAAAGUUUUCUCAAGAAAAGAAGAGACAUAACAGUAGUUUGGGUGAUAAUGAAAGGGAAAAAAAGAAAUCAAAGUCAAGUCAUAGUAAAUGCAAUGAAAUGGAUCAAGAAUGCGUUGAAAUUACAAACAAAGGUUCAGAAAAUAGUCAAAGCUCUAGUUCUUCGAGUGGAACGUCUUUGAUAGAAACUUUUAAUUCGUGCAAUUCUGCAAAGUCUAGAAACGAAGUCAGACAGAAAGCGAUUAAGAUGAUGAAACAGCAAGGGUUCGAGGUGUCUGUAGUUGAGCCAGGAAAUUUUGACAUGAGAUAUGCUCUUUCAGCCCCGUAUCAUUUAUUCUUUUCAAGAGUACAAAAGUCGAAAGCCACGUACGAUCAACAAUUUUCUAUAACAUUUCCUGAAAUCUUAGACAUUAGUUUAGGAGAAAUUGAAAAUAGUUUGCACAUUAAUUUUAUGGUUGACGUUGGAUGGUUAUGCUUGCAAUAUUUGUUAGCUGGACAACGCACAGAUAUGUUCAUUUUAUUUGGAGAAAGGGUAGACGAAGAAAAGCUGAGCUUAAACAUUACCAUGAUACACGUACCUAUGCCAACAAGAUUUGGUUGUCAUCACACUAAAAUAAUGAUCCUAAAAUACAAAGAUGAGGGAUUACGGGUCGUGGUAUCUACCGCGAAUUUGUACUCGGACGAUUGGGAAAAUAGAACACAAGGAGUUUGGAUAUCGCCGCAUCUUCCUCCACUGCCUGAAUCUGCAAACCCCAGCGACGGAGAAUCACCGACUGGUUUCAAGAAGGAUUUAGAACGUUAUCUGCACAAAUACCGGCAGCCAGCUUUAACGGAAUGGAUCACUGCUGUAAGAAGAGCAGACUUCUCUUCGGUAAAUGUAUUCUUUUUGGCAUCUGUUCCUGGGAGACACGCAGGUGUGGAAUAUGAUUAUUGGGGACAUAGAAAAUUAGGUUCCGUUCUUUCUAAACACGCCAAGUUACCUCCCGAUGCACCACGGUGGCCGUUAAUUGCUCAAAGUUCGAGUAUCGGGAGCUUAGGCCCUAACUAUGAAAGUUGGCUUCAGAAAGAGAUAACAUCUUCGAUGUCGAAAGAAAAUCCAAUAGGUUUAAAGAGUCAACCAAACUUUCAGUUUAUUUACCCAUCUAUAAACAAUUAUAAACAAAGCUUUGAUUGUCGAGUUGGCUCUUGUUGCCUACCAUACAGCCUUCAAACGCAUAGUAAACAAGAAUGGAUAGAAUCCUACAUGUAUCAAUGGAAGGCUACGCGGACUGCCAGGGACAGAGCAAUGCCUCAUAUAAAGUCUUACACGAGAAUUUCACCCGAUUGGAAACAAAUUCCGUGGUUUGUCCUCACCAGUGCAAAUUUGAGUAAAGCCGCAUGGGGAACGGUCAGAAAAGAUUCUCAUUACAUUAUGAACUACGAAGCUGGCGUUGUAUUUAUUCCGCAAUUAAUUAAUGGAUCGACCACAUUUCCUAUUGAAGAAGAUGAAGCAGGUGUUCCAGUCUUUCCCAUUCCAUACGACGUACCUCUAACUCGAUACGAAAACGAUGAUAAACCAUUUGUUACGGAGUUCUUUUCCAGUUAAUGACAUUUAGAAAUCGUAAAACAGUAUUGUGCGAAAGUUAUAUCUAUUUAUUAUCCACUAUAUUUUCGCAAAGCAGAGUAUGAAAU